AUGACAUCCGGCAACCCCAUCACCAAUGGCACCGGCGCCAGCACCACCCCCAGCGUCACCAAUGAUGCCGAAGAAGAAACCCAGAUGAACCUCGACGCCACAACCUGGGACCAAAUCAUGACCAAGUACUGGACGUCCACCACCGCCAACCGCGAGCGCGAAGACGCCGAGCUGCGCGAGGCUUUUGCCCGAGAGGAAUCCGAACUAGCCGACCGCCAGCUAAAGCUCAGCCAAGAGCGGGUCAAGCUGCUGGAGCAGCUCAAGGCUGUUGAUCAGCAGUGGAUGGAGAUCGAGGCGCAGAGGAAGGCCAAGGAGGAGGACACGAAGAGGAGGUAUGAGGCGAUUCGGGAGGAGCGGGAGAGGGAUGAUGAGUUGAAGAGGAGGUGGUUUGAGGAGAACAGGAGGAAGGCUGCAUCCGGCGAGCAAGGACAGGACCCGGCAGAUUUGGCAAUGCUGGCGAAGAAGGCCAGGGGGGUGGUUGCUGUGGUCGGGGGUGAGCCUCGAGGUGAGGAUGGCUCGACUUCGGGAUUGCCGUCGCAACGGGAGACGCCGCUGAGAGAGGAGCAGCAACGGCAUGCGUUGCCUAGUCGGCCUAGGGAAGGUGGUAGGACGCCCAGCGAGGAGCAGGACAGGGCACAAGAACUCCAGCAACAACUACGCAAUGAACAACAACAGCAGAAGGAGAGGAUGGAGAAUGGACUGGAUGGAAAGGUCGUGGACAUCGACAAACUCCCCAAGGUUUACAAUGGUGCAGGUAUAUGUGUCGGCCAUGUGCGGCCCAUCAACCUGCGAAACCACUUGACCAUGCAUGUCCAGCAGCAACCGAUCAAACGCCAUGUCCAGAUCCGACAGGGACGAAACUUCACCGCCGAGACGCUGGAAACCAUCUACGAACCGAGCGACAAGAAGGGCGCCAAGUGGUUGAGCUGUUGGAUUCAAGCUACGGGCGAUGUUCAGGAAACCCCUUGCGCGUCGUGCACAACGAGGCAAGGUGUCUUCCCGCAGUGCAUUAUCCUGGACGCCGAGGGCUUCCCCAGGUGCGGUAAUUGCGAGUGGAAUCGCCAGGGAUGCAGUGGUGCUUCUAAGCAUGCAGACCACGAGAUGGCCGAAGUCAAUCAAAAGGUCGGGGACGGAGAGGUGGUUCAGGAAGCUCCCGUUGUUACCAGUGGCUUUAAGGCUGUGAACGGCACAUCGACAAGCCAGAAGACGGCCAAGGUGGUCAGCAGCGUACCCAACGGAGACGAGCAGCCAGCACGAUCCAAACUGCCCUCGGGGCGUAAGUCACUUCCGAGCACGCGCAAGUCUAGUGUACAGCCCGACUCGAUUGCCCCUACACCCCUGGAAGGCAGCCCGGCACCCAACGACAGCGAUCACACAGAGGACCUCCCUCCCAUCAACCAAGCAGUCCUCGCCCUCCGUGAUGACGGAGUUGUUUUUACAGACCCACCUUGCAUGCGCGGCGUUCCCCUCGCCAGGAUCGGUCCCGACCAUCCCUACUGGGAUCCCGAAUGGGUCGCGCUCGAAGAGCCGGUUCAAGCCCAACUAGCGAAGUGGUCAGAAAAGUACGAGAAGUUGAAAAACGAGGGCGGUGCGGCGUCGACUAAAUACCUGGCUGGUCGUCAACAAAAUAGGGGCAAGCUGGUUUUGGAAUUUCUAGCAAAUGGGGAGUUCCACCCCUAUCAGCUCAUGGCAAAGCACCUCAUCAACAAAGCCUACACGGGCUAUGAUAAUUUGUACCGCAUGGUACAGGUGCUGGAGGAACUCAAGAGAUUUAAGCAGCUAGAUGUUUCGCCUUCGCAAUGGCUUAGACACAGACUACACGAAAUCUACGAAGAGCUGGGCGAUAAGUUCAACCUGGGCAAGGCGGUGGAGAACCUCUACUCGGAUCCCAAGCUUCGACAACUCCGCAGCGAGAGCGGGUUUGGCAACAUUGGCCGGCCGAGAGGCUACAAGCCUACGAUGGCUGAUAAGGGAGAGGACGGGCCAGCUCCUAAGAAGACGAACAAGGGGACAAAAAGGAAGGCGGCUGCUCCUGCGGCAGAUGACCCUGCCAACCAGUCUUUCGCAGAAGAGCAACUUCGUGUCGUAGACCACCAAGCCGACGGAACAGCCCCAUCCAAACCCCCAUCCUCUCAUUCGUCGCCCUCUGCACCAGAAGAACUCGGUCACCCCCAUGCGCAUCCCCAACCCCCCGCCGCCAAACACCACCAACCCUCUCCUUCGGUAACGCUCAAAAUUCUCGCUCCGCCCGAAGACCUCUACUACGAAGGCUACACCUCCGACGACUCCUACUCAGGCGAUAAAAUCCAAGAAGUCGACUGGCGGUUGCUUCAAGUCCGUCACCGGGAAAUGACCACCAACACAGGCAUAACACAAUACUGGCAUUGGUUGGGAGCCGGCGAGGACCUGACGGGUCGCGGAGAGGAAAAUUGCUUCGAACACCAAGUCCUUAAAGACGUCAAGGGCCGUCGCGUGACUUGGGGCGUUUACAAAGAGCCGAUUGAUUUCCACUUGAGGCUGGAGGAGAUCGAGGAGGUGGUGUAUGCGCCUGAGGGAAGCGGGUGUUUGAAGAUUCUGAUUAGUGUGAAGAAGGAUGCACAUGGGGAUGAGGAGUCGAGAGGGGAUGUGUUGGCUUGGUUUAAAAGGGAGAGGACCAAGAGAAGGUUUUUGAGCUUCUUGGUGAAGAAGGGGAAGAGGGUUGUUAGGAGUUCUGCGGCGUACGUCGAGCAAGCCUGGGAUGAUAUGGACUCGGUUGUCUUGCCGCAUGAGGAUGAAUAG